CAGACUAGACGCGCCACCGCCACACAGCCGUAGUUUACGUUUCCACAGAGGACACGCACACGCUCUCUGUUGGCCUGCGACUACAAUAAUCCUUUCGAUCUCUGGCAAAAAUAAGCGGAACACGGCUUGUCCCACUGGUCUGAACAGACUUAUUAGAUCACCAUUGGAUUUGCGAUUGGUCUUCAUUUCAGUCUGGACGUGAACAUUGAAAGGCAGUCUACAGGAUACUACAAGUUAUUUACGGCAGCACAACCGGAGAUCCCUGAAGAUGGGUUCAGUCCCAGCGAUAUCUGUCCUUAUUUUGGGCAUCGUUGUUCCAGGAUUGGCUGGUUAUAUUGAGGCACUGGCGGCCAACGCGGGGACGGGCUUCGCCGUGGCCGAGCCCCAGAUCGCCAUGUUCUGCGGGAAGCUCAACAUGCACGUCAACAUCCAGACGGGCCGCUGGGAGCCCGACCCCUCCGGGACCCAGAGCUGCGUGGGCACCAACGAGGAGGUGCUGCAGUACUGCCAGGAGAUGUACCCAGAGCUGCAAAUCACAAACGUGGUAGAGGCCAUCGAGACAAUCAGGAUCGAGAACUGGUGCAAGAAGGAGAGGAAGGUGUGCAAGGGAUACACCCACUUUGUGGCACCCUACAAAUGCCUCGUGGGUGAGUUUGUGAGCGACGUCCUCCUGGUCCCUGAGAAGUGCAAGUUCUUCCACAAGGAGAACAUGGACAUGUGCGUCAGCAGCCAGCGCUGGCACGGAGUGGCCAAGGAGGCCUGUGGUAAGGCCUCCAUGGCGCUCCACAGCUAUGGCAUGCUGCUCCCUUGCGGCGUGGACAAGUUCCAAGGGACGGAGUACGUCUGCUGCCCCUUCCUGGCCUCCCAGGAGGUGGAGGAGGAAGAAGAGGAGGAGGAGGAGGAGGAAGAGGACGAGGGGGUCUACCCCACCGAGGCUGACGCAGAGGAAGACGAUGCUGAUGACAGCGUGGUCCCAGUUGAGGAGAAGCCCACCGUUAACGACGUCGCCAACGAUUAUGAUGAUGACGAUGACGAAGAUGAGUUGGAGUACAACUACGCCUACGAGGAUGAGGAUGGGAAGAAGGAUCAGGGGGAGGAAGAAUUCAAGCUGGUGGACAAAAGCAAGCCGACCGAGAGACAAGAGGAAGACCAGUCCCUGCUGGAAGUCAAAGCGGUGUGUGGCCUGGAGGCUGAGACGGGCCCCUGCCGUGCCUCCAUGCCCCGCUGGCACUUUGACAUGACCCUGAGGAAGUGUGUGCACUUUGUGUACGGCGGCUGCGCCGGGAACCGCAACAACUUUGACUCGGAGGACUACUGCAUGGCCGUCUGCAAGCGCCUGGUGGUGCCCCCCACGCCCCAGCCCACCGACGACGUGGACAUUUACUUCGAGACCCCCGCUGACGACAAGGAGCACAGCCGCUUCCAGAAGGCCAAGGAGCAGCUGGAGGUCCGCCACCGUAACCGCAUGGAGAGGGUGAGGAAGGAGUGGGAGGAGGCGGAGCACCAGGCGAAGAACCUGCCCAAGGCUGAGAGACAGACCCUCAUCCAGCACUUCCAGGUGAUGGUGGAGUCCCUGGAGGAGGAGGCGGCCAGUGAGAAGCAGCAGCUGGUGGAGACCCACCUGGCCCGGGUGGAGGCCAUGCUGAACGACCGGCGCCGUCUGGCCCUGGAGAACUACCUGGCUGUGCUGCAGGCAGACCCUCCCAGGCCUCACAGGAUCCUGCAGGCCCUGAGGCGCUACGUGCGGGCGGAGAACAAGGAUCGCCAGCACACCAUCCGUCACUACCAGCACGUCCUGGCAGUGGACCCCGAGAAGGCCGGCCAGAUGAAGUCCCAGGUGAUGACCCACCUCCGUGUUAUCGAGGAGAGGAUGAACCAGAGCCUGUCUCUGCUCUACAAGGUGCCCUACGUGGCUGAGGAGAUCCAGGAUGAGAUCGACGGGCUCCUGCAGGAGCAGAAGGCGGACAUGGACCAGUUCCUGUCCUCCAUCUCGGACGUGCAGCCCGACCUGACGGUGAGCUCAGAGGAGAGUGUGGAGGAGCCAGAGAUCAAGCCCUACCGCCCCUUCCAGGUCAAGUCCCUGGACUCACGGCCCCAGCCAGAGGGAGAUCUAUCAGACUCUCCACAGGCCUUCAAUAAAGGUUCUGGCAUGUCUGGCGUGGACGGGCUGAUUGGUGCCGAGGAGCGUAUCAUCAACAGCAACAUGGACGACAACGUGGUGAUUGAUGAGUCUCUGGAUGUUAAGGAAGUGAUUUACACUAAAGAGAGAGUCCGCGUUAUGCAUGACGAUGAGCUGGAAUCCUUCCGGCCUCUAGGAGAAGACUUCAGCUUCGGUAGCAGCGCUCUGAUUGGACUGCUUGUGAUCGCCGUAGCCAUAGCAACGGUGAUUGUGAUCAGCCUGAUGCUGCUGAGGAAGAGGCACUAUGGAACUAUCAGCCAUGGCAUCGUGGAGGUUGACCCAAUGUUGACCCCCGAAGAGCGCCACCUCAGCAAGAUGCAGAACCAUGGCUACGAGAACCCCACCUACAAAUACCUGGAGCAGAUGCAGAUCUAACUCCCACCACCGGGGGGCAAAGUGGAGGCGGAGCAUACUACUGACCAAUAACAUAACGCUAUUGUCGAAACUCAUUUGCAUACAUCCACUAUUCAUUUACAGAUUUGUUCAAAAUUAAAUCCUUGAAUAACGCUAAUACUUCUACUACUGCUACUGUUGUACAAUAGAGCUCUCUCUUAAAUCAUUUUUCCUUUUGAAAAGAAAAAAAUAAUACAGAGCACAAGUGAUGUAUCUACCUUUUUCUUUUGCAUUCUGGAAGACGUUAUUCUGCAACUCUCUGUAAUUACCAAGAUCAAGAUGUAUAACAUUUCUUCCUGUGAUUUUUGUUUGUAUUUGAAAAGUGUAAAGUAAAUUUUAAAGUAAAAAAAAUGUGUGUUUGAGAGGCUGACCCAAUCGGCCGCCCUAGUAGCAGACAGCAGUACGCUUGGUUGUCCGGUUCCUGAUGGGGAUUCUCAAAACGACUCGCUCUUUUCUCUUCUUGUUUUCGUCCUGAAUUGGAGUGCUUGUAUAUGAAGGUGCUUUGUACCAAUUCAAAUGUACAGUCAACCAACUGUUGAACAACAAUAUGAUGAACACAGAAUCAUAAAUCCAUUAUUUUCUCUUUCGUUCUUUGUUAUGAUAACAAAAUAUACAGAUAUGGAUUAAAUUCAUAUAUAUAUAUAUAAAUAUAUAUAUAUAUAUAUAAGAACAAGUUUUUCAGCGAGAAAAGAGCAGAGCAGUGGUCGACUGGAAAGUGGAGGGCACAUGUUGGGGAAAUGGCGGUUGGAGAUGCGUGUGCACAGAUUCUCCCCCAGCUCACAUACAUGACCUAUGACCCCUACCCCCCCACCCAGCCAUGGCCAUACUAGAUGAACAUCAGUUGUGUUGCUGUGUGACAGCAGAAUGCUUCGCCAACGGCUUUUACGAUCUUCAGUUGGCGAUACAUUCGGUAGUUGAUCCCUACGUUUUUCAGGUCUUAACAGAUCUCGCACCCCAAACAGGGCAAUUUAAACAUGGCUGUAAUGCCGAACGCCCUAUGUGAAGGCACCAGAACGUAGGCCACAAACAUCCACAAAGAAAACCUGAUGUGCUCUUGCGCAGACAGGUAACACAGUCUGAUCCAAAAUAAUAUGAUGACAAACGGGCCGGUAUGCUUUGCUGUUCAUGAAGCACAGAGCCGUGGGGAACACAGUGCAUUGUGGGAUAGGUGAUGUGAGCUGGAGGACUAUGCAGACAGAUAGACAGACAUAGCUUGGACGGCUGGUUUCCCGAACGAUAAAGUGAUUUAAAAACGGCACAAACAAACACUAGCAGAAUCCGAGAAUAAUAAGUAGGGUUGUUUGUUUCUUGAUAUUUCUCUCUUAGUAUUAUCUUUGUAUGCCUGUAUAGUUGAUGUGGCAAUCCUGACUUUUCCAGAGGAAAACCUGUGGUGUGCAUUGUUCUUAUAUGAAAUGAUAUAUGAAAUCUAUUUUUAAGUUUGUUUGUUUUCUCGUUUUCUAUUUUCUUCUCUUCCUGUGACAGUGUCUCUGUAUGUGGCUGUCUCACUAUGCAGCCGACCGGUUCCAGCCAGUUCCUGCAGCUUGAUUCUGGGUAUAUGAUUGGGGGGAGGGUGGCUAUUAAUAUUAUAUGCAUAUUAGUGAUGGAAAUGACACUUGUUGAAACCGAUUUAUGAUUACAGGGGAGGGAAACACAUUAAUAAACUCACCACUUCCAUAUG